CUGAAACAGGGCGGAUUAAAGGUCCGUACACGCCGAGCCACGCCUGAGCAGCUGGACCGCAUGACAGAGCAGAGAGACGAAAGAGACAGAUACGAAGCUUCUUCUUCCGCAGCGGCUUGUUUUUUGAACGGAGUGUCGUCGAGCAGGACGUCGCUUCUGCAAACACGGACACAGAGAGACGAACCGAGCUCACCUACAGUGCCUGCAGCUGAAAACCAGCUACCAUGACGGACGCAGACAAGUUCCUGUAUGGGGACCGCAGUGAGAUAAACAACCCCAUGGCCCAGGCCGACUGGGCCACCAAGAAGCUGGUGUGGGUCCCCUCCGAGAAGCUGGGCUUCGAGGCCGGCUCCGUCAAGGAGGAGCAUGGAGACGAGUGUGUGGUAGAGCUGACGGACUCGGGCAAGAAGGUGAAGGUAAACAAGGAUGACAUUCAGAAGAUGAACCCACCCAAGUUCAGUAAGGUGGAGGACAUGGCGGAGCUCACCUGCCUGAAUGAGGCCUCUGUGCUGCACAACCUGAAGGAGAGAUACUACUCUGGACUCAUCUAUACGUACUCUGGUCUCUUCUGCGUGGUGGUCAACCCCUACAAGUACCUGCCCAUCUACACUGAGGAGAUAGUGAACAUGUACAAGGGCAAGAAGAGACACGAGAUGCCCCCUCACAUCUAUGCCAUCACAGACACAGCCUACAGGAGCAUGAUGCAGGAUCGCGAGGACCAGUCCAUCCUCUGCACUGGGGAAUCAGGAGCAGGGAAAACAGAAAAUACCAAGAAAGUCAUUCAGUAUCUUGCCCAUGUUGCCUCAUCUUUCAAGUCCAAGAAAGACCAGGGGAAUGCAGUUUUGUCACAUGGGGAACUGGAGAAACAGCUGCUGCAAGCAAACCCCAUCCUGGAGGCCUUUGGCAAUGCAAAGACCGUCAAGAAUGACAACUCCUCAAGAUUUGGAAAAUUCAUCAGGAUCAAUUUUGACGUGAAUGGAUACAUCGUUGGAGCCAACAUUGAAACUUAUCUGCUGGAGAAGUCUCGGGCCAUCCGACAAGCUAAAGAGGAGAGGAGCUUCCACAUCUUCUACUACAUGCUGACAGGAGCAGGGGACAAGCUGCGCUCCGAGCUGUGUCUGGAGGAAUACAGCAAGUACCGCUUCCUUUCCAAUGGAAACGUGACAAUUCCUGGUCAGCAAGACAAGGACCUGUUCACUGAGACCAUGGACGCCUUUCAGAUCAUGAGCAUCCCAGAAGAGGAAACAAUUGGUAUGUUAAAGGUGGUGUCGGCCGUGCUGCAGUUGGGGAACAUGACCUUCAAGAAGGAGCGCAACUCUGACCAGGCCUCCAUGCCUGAUGACACCGCUGCCCAGAAAGUAUGUCACCUGCUGAGCAUCAAUGUGACCGACUUCACACGAGCCAUCCUGUCACCCAGAAUCAAGGUUGGCAGGGACUAUGUCCAGAAGGCCCAGACCCAGGAGCAGGCCGAGUUUGCUGUUGAGGCUCUAGCCAAAGCCUCUUACGAGAGGAUGUUCCGCUGGCUGGUGUUGAGGAUCAAUAAGGCCCUGGACAAGACCAAGAGACAGGGGGCCUCCUUCAUUGGCAUCCUAGAUAUCGCUGGAUUUGAGAUCUUUGAGCUGAACUCGUUUGAGCAGCUGUGUAUCAACUACACCAACGAGAAGCUGCAGCAGCUCUUCAACCACACCAUGUUUGUCCUGGAGCAGGAGGAGUACCAGAGGGAGGGCAUCGAGUGGAGUUUCAUCGACUUCGGCCUCGACCUGCAGCCCUGCAUCGACCUCAUUGAGAAACCUGCCGGCCCUCCGGGCAUCCUGGCACUACUGGAUGAGGAGUGCUGGUUCCCCAAAGCCACAGACAAGAGCUUUGUGGAAAAAGUGGUUCAGGAGCAGGGAACACACCCCAAGUUCCAGAAACCCAAGAAACUCAAGGACAACGCUGAUUUCUGCAUUAUACACUAUGCUGGAAAGGUGGACUACAAAGCAGACAACUGGCUGCUGAAAAACAUGGAUCCGCUAAAUGAGUGUGUGGCCACUUUGCUCAACCAGUCUACAGACAAAUUUACCGCUGACCUAUGGAGAGAUGUGGACCGUAUUGUCGGCCUGGAUAAGGUGGCAGGAAUGUCAGACUCCGUGCACGGUGCGGCCAAAACCCGUAAGGGCAUGUUCCGCACCGUGGGCCAGCUGUACAAGGAGCAGCUGGGUAACCUCAUGGCCACGCUCAGGAACACCAACCCCAACUUCGUCCGCUGCAUCAUCCCCAACCACGAGAAGAAGGCUGGUAAACUGGAGUCUCACCUGGUUCUGGACCAGCUAAGGUGUAAUGGAGUCCUGGAGGGGAUUCGCAUCUGCAGACAGGGCUUCCCCAAUCGCAUCGUCUUCCAGGAGUUCAGACAGAGGUAUGAAAUCCUCACUCCGAAUUCCAUCCCAAAGGGCUUUAUGGACGGAAAGCAAGCCUGCGUGCUCAUGAUAAAAGCUCUGGAGCUGGACCCAAACCUGUACCGCAUCGGUCAAAGUAAAGUGUUCUUCAGAGCUGGAGUCCUGGCCCACCUGGAGGAGGAGAGAGACAUUAAGAUCACAGAUGUGAUCAUCAGCUUCCAGGCCUGGUGCAGAGGAUAUGUGGCCCGCAAAGCCUUUGCCAAGAGACAGCAGCAGCUGACCGCCAUGAAAGUUAUCCAGAGGAACUGUGCUGCUUACCUCAAACUCAGGAACUGGCAGUGGUGGAGGCUUUUCACCAAGGUGAAGCCUCUGCUGCAAGUGACUCGGCAGGAUGAGGAGAUGGUGGCCAAAGAGGAGGAGCUGCUCAAGGUCAAGGAGAGACAACUGCAGACUGAGGAGCUGCUCAAAGAAUAUGAGGCCAAGCAGCAACAGCUGAAUUCUGAGAAGCUAGCUCUUCAGUGCGUGAGAUGGAGAUCGAGCUGGAAGAUGAACGCAGGCAGCGUAGUGGGGCCCUCUCAUCCAAGAAGAAACUGGAGAUGGACCUGGCAGAGCUCGGAUCCCAGAUCGAUGCUGCCAACAAGGGCCGCGAUGAGGCCCUCAAACAGCUGAAAAAACUCCAG